GACAUAUAGAGUCUCUAAAACGUCAAAUCAAAUAAAUAUACCUUGUAAAUUAACCAUCUUCUUGGGAAUAUAGAAAUUUAUUUUUGUUAUGAGGGGCCGUACUUCCGGUUUGAAUUUGUAAACAUGGCGGUGACAGAUGAUGAUAUCAUUAAGCGUCGUCUGCUGAUCGAAGGAGAAGGUGGAAAUGAUGACAAGCGACUAAAUAACCUUCUGAAGCAGUUCAUCCGAUGGUGCAACUCCCCUGAUGAUGAAGAGAGUGGUAUCGUGUACCAGCGCAUCAUGUCCAUGCUGGCCCAGUGUGAGUUCACCAUGGAGAAAUCCCUGCUGGUGUAUGAGAUGAACCUCCGCGAGCAGGAGCACUACGACCAGCUCAGUAAGGACAUCGAGAAAAAAAUAAAGUCAGCCACGUCUCAGAUUGCCGAGUGCAAGACAGAGUUGCAACAGGCCAAGAGGAUACGCAAGAACAGACAAGAGUAUGAUUCCUUGGCCAAAGUUAUACAGAAACAUCCAGACAGGCAGGACACCACGAGACAACUCCAGAGUUUGGACAAAGAACUGACAUCACAGACAGAGACCAAGCAGAAACUGGAAGAAAAGUUGGAGUUGAGGAGAAAACAGUUCCUGGUACUGAUUACUGCCAUCCAUGAGCUGCAAAGAAUACUUGAUGGUGAGUGAGUUACACGAUCCAUGAGCUGCAGAGAAUACUGGAUGAGGAUGAGAAGGCGGAGGAAGCAAUGGAGACCGGCUAGAACCUGUCACACAUCCACACACCACCAUCAUCCCUCAACAUGUCAUCAUGCAGUUCUCCAGCCUUUGUAAACAGGAAGAGGACAUUCACAUUUUAGCCUCCAUUUCAUUUACGAAAUUAUCAGAAAAUAAAUGUUCCACCUAGGUAUGCUUUAAGCAUGAAUGUUUAGCAGAAAUAAACAUGUCAUAUUUUUUA